AUGACGGAGGCGGGUGCCGGUGCCGUUGCCGUUGCCGCCGCCGCCGCCGCCGCCGCCGCCGCCGUCGUCGCAGGGGGGGAGUCGGGUUCCCAGAAAGUAGCUUGAUGAGUGUCCAAAGUAGCAGUGGAAGUUUGGAGGGGCCGCCAUCUUGGUCCCAGCUCUCCACGUCUCCAACCCCGGGUUCGGCGGCGGCGGCCAGGUCCCUGCUGAAUCACACGCCGCCAUCCGGGAGGCCCAGGGAAGGUGCAAUGGAUGAACUUCAUAGUCUGGAUCCAAGAAGACAGGAAUUAUUGGAAGCUAGAUUUACAGGUGUAGCAAGUGGGAGCACUGGGAGCACUGGCAGUUGCAGUGUUGGAGCUAAAGCCUCAACAAAUAAUGAAAGCUCUAAUCACAGUUUUGGAAGCUUGGGAUCUUUGAGUGAUAAAGAGUCGGAGACACCGGAGAAGAAGCAGUCGGAAUCAUCCAGGGGAAGAAAGAGAAAAGCAGAAAACCAGAAUGAAAGUAGUCAGGGAAAAAGUAUUGGGGGACGUGGCCACAAAAUUAGCGACUAUUUUGAAUACCAAGGUGGGAAUGGCUCAAGUCCAGUAAGAGGCAUACCUCCUGCAAUCCGUUCUCCUCAAAAUUCACAUUCACAUUCCACUCCUUCCUCAUCUGUUCGACCGAAUAGCCCUUCUCCUACUGCAUUAGCUUUUGGGGACCACCCUAUUUUACAACCAAAGCAGUUAUCUUUUAAAAUUACUCAGACUGAUCUCACAAUGCUGAAAUUAGCAGCAUUAGAAAGUAAUAAAAAUCAGGAUCUAGAAAAGAAGGAAGGUCGCAUAGAUGACUUGCUCAGGGCUAACUGUGAUCUCAGGCGGCAAAUAGAUGAACAACAAAAAUUACUUGAAAAAUACAAGGAACGAUUAAAUAAGUGCAUAUCAAUGAGCAAGAAACUGCUUAUUGAAAAGAGUACGCAAGAAAAACUGUCAAGCAGAGAGAAGAGUAUGCAAGACAGAUUACGCCUUGGGCACUUCACAACAGUUAGACAUGGUGCUUCAUUUACUGAACAAUGGACAGAUGGUUUUGCAUUUCAGAACCUUGUAAAGCAGCAAGAAUGGGUGAACCAGCAAAGGGAAGACAUUGAAAGACAAAGGAAACUUCUGGCCAAACGCAAACCUCCCACUGCUAAUAAUUCUCAGGCACCCUCUACCAAUUCAGAACCAAAACAGAGGAAAAACAAAGCUGUCAAUGGAGCAGAAAAUGAUCCCUUUGUUAGACCCAAUUUACCACAACUGUUGACUUUGGCAGAAUAUCAUGAGCAGGAGGAAAUUUUCAAACUUAGACUAGGACAUCUCAAAAAGGAAGAAGCAGAAAUUCAGGCAGAACUUGAACGUUUGGAACGAGUCAGAAAUCUUCAUAUUCGAGAGCUUAAAAGAAUAAACAAUGAAGAUAAUUCUCAGUUCAAAGAUCACCCAACAUUAAAUGAAAGAUAUUUAUUACUUCAUCUGCUUGGUAGAGGUGGCUUUAGUGAAGUGUAUAAGGCUUUUGAUCUUUAUGAACAAAGGUAUGCAGCUGUGAAGAUACAUCAGCUUAAUAAAAGUUGGAGGGAUGAGAAGAAGGAAAACUACCACAAACAUGCCUGUAGAGAAUAUAGAAUACACAAAGAACUGGAUCAUCCCAGAAUAGUCAAACUUUAUGAUUAUUUCUCCUUGGAUACAGACACGUUUUGUACAGUGUUAGAAUACUGUGAAGGCAAUGAUUUGGAUUUCUAUCUGAAGCAACAUAAAUUAAUGUCAGAGAAAGAAGCUAGGUCUAUUGUAAUGCAGAUUGUAAAUGCACUAAGAUAUCUCAAUGAAAUCAAACCCCCUAUUAUACAUUAUGAUCUAAAGCCAGGAAAUAUUCUUCUGGUAGAUGGAACAGCAUGUGGAGAAAUCAAAAUCACUGAUUUUGGUCUAUCUAAGAUUAUGGACGAUGAUAGCUAUGGCGUAGAUGGAAUGGAUCUAACUUCCCAAGGAGCAGGCACUUACUGGUAUUUACCUCCUGAGUGUUUUGUAGUUGGAAAAGAGCCACCAAAGAUUUCCAACAAGGUUGAUGUCUGGUCAGUUGGAGUGAUCUUCUUUCAGUGUCUGUAUGGUAGAAAGCCAUUUGGUCACAAUCAGUCUCAACAAGACAUUCUUCAAGAAAAUACAAUAUUAAAAGCCACAGAAGUCCAGUUCCCUGUAAAACCAGUUGUAAGCAGUGAAGCAAAGGCCUUUAUAAGACGCUGUUUGGCAUACCGAAAAGAAGAUCGCUUUGAUGUACACCAAUUGGCAAGUGACCCAUACCUUCUCCCGCACAUGAGAAGAUCCAAUUCUUCAGGAAACUUACACAUGGUCGGGCUGACAGCAUCCCCUACACCUCCUUCUUCAAGCAUAAUUACUUACUGACUCUCCUUCAAAUUGGCAUGAUACCUUUGAAUUGCUUCCAGAUGUAUACUUGAGUUUGAGAACAUUUUGAGUGGGUUUUUGUUGUUGUUGUUGUUGUUGUUGUUUUCAUUUUUACAGAGGACGUGGUUGAGAACUGAAGUUCUUCAUAAUAGCAUCAUUGGGUAUGAGAUGGAUCAUGGACAAUGAAUAAAUAUACUUUUGACUAUACCUUUGAGCAAUGACUGCCUGUUGUACAAAAACAGGAAGACCUUGUUGAAGAAGAAAAAUUAUUUCUUUGGGAAAAUACUGUAAAUAACGUUUAUAAUACAUUUGGUUGAUGUUAGAGAGUUCUAAUAUGAAGGAAGGGUAGUUUUUCAUUAUUUAAAAACACAUUUAAAAAAAUGAGACAUUUCUAACAUAAGAACUAUAGUGCCUGGAUACAUUCUUCAGCAUUCGGCAGUUAAUCUGCUGAAACCAAAGUAAGAACUGAAUGACAGUGAAAGUUGUAUUUUAUAGAAAUAGAAUGUGAGAGUUAGAAUCCUUGGACAAAAUUAGACUUUGUCAUUUGCCUGUUCCGGCUUUUACCAAGUUGUACCUCGAAACCACAUGUCCGUUUUCCUCACUGGUUAUGUAAUGGGAGAGCUACUCCUACAUACUUUACACCUUGGACAAAAUGAGCUGCUUGUUUUGAAAUCAGUUGAAUCCACUAAAUUGUAAUAUCUCCAGUGCUUUCAACAGAUACUUUUCUUUUAUCACCAGGCCUUGUUCAUUAUAACAAAUGACAGUAUGUAACCAAAUGUAGACCAGUUCUAUGCAGGAUAAUGAAAUUCCCUUCUAGCUCUAUUGUAAAUUGUUGUACAGAUGUCAUAAUUUCAAUUACCAAGUUUCAGCAGCCUAUUCUUGUAUAAAUGUUUAAAAAUAUGGCUUUUCUAAUUGGAUAUUGUAUUUUUUUUAAGUCUUCUUGAAGGCGCUUUAAUUGCUGCUAAAUGAUGUUGCUUCUUUGCUAAUCAGUGACCUCCUUAAAGGUGCAAGUUGACUGUACAUCAUAGAGAGAUAGGAAAAGCAGGCAUUUACUUAUUAACAAUCACAGCAUGUAAAAAUGAGCCAUGUGGGGCAUAGAGAUUUCUCUAAGUCAGUUCCUUGGGUUCUAGGACUCCAGAGUACAUAUGUACUAGAUUUAUAAAUCAUUUAUGGUUAUACUACGUCCUAGAAGAUACCAAGCAAGGUGGGAUGGCGGUCCUAUAAAAACAAAUUUCUUGUGGUUUGUACAGAUUUGUUAAAAUGUGAACAUUUUCUAACUGCCCUGUAUGGUAGAAAUCAUUUUUCAGGAUUCUGUAUUCCACUCCUGUGAGGAUCUCUCUUCACUGUCACAGUCAUAAUACUGAACUCAUAUAUAUAUAUAUAUAUAUAUAUAUAUAUAUGUUGUACAUGCUGCCAAGAAAAGGAGGUUGUGCUCGCCACAGAUUCUCUUUAAUGUUGUACAGUUGAACUUAGGCUCUUAUUUCUGAUGUUACAAGCCAUUUUGUGUUUUUUUUUUAUUGUACAUAGACACAUUGUCUCUUUACGAUGCUGCUGAAAUUGUAGAGAAUGUAGCCAAAACAGUAAUAAAACAAUGAGUAAUAAACAA